GGUGGCUCGGCUCUGCACUGCAGUAAGAGUUUCACGAAGAAAAGGUUCGAGCAGUCAGGCGCGCGUGGGUGGGCACUGGCCACUGCUCUUGCAACGGUCACUUUGCUCGCGUUGGCCCCACUCGUCAGUCGCAGCUGCCGCAGCGCUCACGGACACGGUGCAGUGCUCAUCACUCUCCACCUGUCCACGGACCACCACCACCUCGAUCGUCGUCGGCGACCGGAUCGAACCUCUUCUUCUUCCUCUUCUUUUCUGUCGAGUUGCGCAUCCAUCCAUCCCAAGAAACUCGCUGCUUCGAUUUUGUUCACAUUCUCUCAACUCUUGUUGUUUCUUCCAUCCCAUCCCAUCCAUUGGCUGCUUCUCUUCAAUCUCUGGUUUGGCUGCGACUGCGACUGCGAGCGAGGUGGUUGAUGGGGAAGAAGAGGGGGGCAGCCGCGGCGCCGCCCGUCUUCCCGUUCCCGGCGGCCGACGACGACGACGACGACCCCCGCCUCCGGUGCUUCUUCUCCCAUGCCACGGCGAAGCGGGCGGCGGCGGCGGCGACGAGGCGCCACCACCAGCAUCAGCCGCCGCCAAUGGAGUCCGCGCGGUUCAAGCUCCAGAAGCCCAUCUCCAAGAAACACCACCACAAGAAACAGCAGCAGCGCCGCCGGUGGUGGAGCUCCGCCCUUCUCUUCUUCAGGCGCGGCGGCUCCUCCUCCUCCUCCUCCUUCGACGACGACGAUGCCACCGCCUCCGUUGAGUACCCGUCCUCCUACAGCACGGCCGCGUUGUCUCCGGCAGGACCACUGUACCUCGCCGCCGUCGAAGACGACGAUGACGACGGAGCGGCGGCGGCGUGCGCGUGCUGGGCGCCGGCCAUGCGGUCCGGCGGGCGCCACCUCGCGGCCUCCGAGCUCGGCGCGUCCGCCUCCGUGCUCCCCUACGUCAGCCUCAGGGACAGCGCCGGCGUCGCCGGAGGAGCUCGUGCUCCUCCGGCGAUGCCCAUCUACCUCGUGACGUGACCAUGGCAGCAUUGGCAUCAUGGCAUGGCUGUCUUUUUUUUUCUUUCCAUUUUAGGGUUAACUCUGACAAAUAUGGCCCACAUGUCAGUGACACUAGUGGCCGCCGGAUGAUGGCUGACCUGACACCGGUCGUCCAAAGUGGUCAAAGUAGACUUUUCUAACUCUGGUUUUCGCAGAAAUGUGCUUUUUCUUUAUUGGUGGCUGGAUUUUGUUUGAAAAGUACAGCCCGUUCUUCGGUUGUGGGGUCAGUCAGCAAUGUAUGUGUCUAUUGUACUUGUUCUCCUGUGCAUUCGUCGUGCAUAAACUCUUUAGGUUAGUAUUAAAAAACGUGAAUUAUCUAAUAUUAAAUAAUUAGAAGAGGUGAGGUUUCGAAUCCAGGUCGUCUAGCCCAUUACCUUGUGGAGCUAGCUGAAAGACCCCUGUAUGUUUCUCCUCUUCAUGUUAGUAUUAUCUUAUUGGCUUCAUGUUCUAUUUGUUGGAAUGAUUAAACUUGUAUAAUGAACAACAAC